AUGACUGUCAUGGAGCAGACAGGAAGCUCAGUACAUGAAAGAGGUGUGGAUGUGAGAGGUGGAAGUAAAACAGAUGAGAAUGAUACAGACAAAGCCAAGGCAAGAGAUAAGGAAGAGGGAGUAGUCAACAGUCAGGUCACUCAAUAUGAGGAUGGACUGUCUACUGCAUUUGGCAAUCUGGAAUACAGCCGAGCCAAACAGCUUCUGAGUGUGCCCGUGGAUGUGACAGACACUUUGAGAUGCUUUAGAGAGACCCUGGAAAAAUCCAGAUACCAUAACAGAUCAAUGCGACACAGCAGAAAGUUGCUUUCAUUAUUUCUUGCGCAGACCCAAGAUGUUCUCCAAGCCAGCAAUCAAAGAAGUCUUAAAGUUCAGGCACUGCAUUCACUUGGAAAUCUUCUCAUCUUUGCAGAAAAGAAAAGGGCUGCUUUUAAGUGCUGGUGUCAAGCUCUUGAUGACAUAUUCAGAAAACCAGAUGUGCUACAUACCUGGAAAGAAUUUGGCACCUCCCUCACCAAUACCACCAACAGCUCUUUGCUUCCAGGUUUUAAAGACUACAGUGAAGAGUUUCUGUCAAAGGUUGGCAUUUGGGGGUGCUUGCAGGGUGCACUCAUAUCAGCAAAGAUAGCACAGUUUAUUAAGACUGUGAACGUUAAAAAGAGAAUCAAUUGUUGUCUUUUGUCUGCAUUACUCUUUCAGGGUUUGCUUCGAACCACACUUCCACAUCCCAAAGCUGAACGUUGCUAUGCUCAGUAUGAAAUCACUCAGCUUCUCCCAGGCAUUGAACUCUUCACAGACAGCUUUAGGGCCGACAUCUGCUCUGUCAUCGCAAGCCUGUAUUACAUCAUCCGAGAGCUGCACUUUGCAAAGCAUAAUCUAAUAGUUCUGCCUCUCCUUGCAUUGUACCAAUAUUUCGUUUCUGGAAUUUGCCAAGACCUAGUCAGAAAUCUAGAAGCAAGAAUCCUCAAGAUUGAAGUCCUUAUAGAUUUGGGCUUCUUUUCGGAAGCCUUUUAUGAGCUAGCCCAGAUAUUUUAUGGAAAAAACAUGCCCUGCUCAAUUCCAGCUGGCCUUAAAGCUCUUGGGAAAAUUAAGCUGUUUCAAUCAUUUGACUCAGGAAAACCUCUCAGCAGUAAAGAGAAUAUUCAGGCACUUGAUGAAUUAAUAAGCAAAGGCUUGCCUGUGACUCUGGUUACUCUUGGCCAGCAGCAUCUUUUAAAUAAAUUUUGCUUUGUUAAGGCAUACUUUUUUAUAAGUGUGGCUGCACAUAAUUGUGUUCCAGAUAAUUCAUUGAAAACGUUAGCCCGUGGAGUUGGAGUUGUUACUGAGAAGAGUAAAUCAAAUGCCCCAACAGUGGAGGAGACAUAUCCAAAGGAUAAUGGAACCUCACCUUAUCAGCUUAUGAAACUUAAAGAUGACCUAACUCUUGGCAUGCUAAAGUCAGUUUUACUGAUGGAAGCUGAAGACAAGCUAAACUUCCUCAUGUCAGAGAUGGAGCAUCCAGACCACAAGAACCUGUCGCAGUGUUCUGCUGGCGAAUUGGAGAUUGUGGUAGCCAGGCUUCAGCUGGCAGCAAUUGCCCUGCAGAGACACCGGUCGGCAUACAGUGCUGCAAUAGUAUAUUCUACACUUAAACUUCUCCAAGAUUCAAAACUUUUUAAAAAGAAGACAGCACAGGAUGACACAGAGAGUUCCAGCUCUUCAGGGACUUCUGCCACAGAGGGUAAAGAUGAUGAGUUUUUAGACCCUAUUUCUCUAAAUGCCCGAGAGUAUUUCAACAUUCAUCUGUGGUUGAGGUGCCGCUUAGCCCUGGUGACUGCGUUUGUCGCCCAGAUUCGUGGCAUUGGAAUUGUGAAAGAGAAGGAUCUGACAGAUUGUUUGAGCCUCAUCAAUGAAGUGUGUAUGGAAGCAAAAAGUGCAGACGACACAGAGCUGCAGGCUGAAUUCUUGAUGCAAGCUGUAAUCCUUGGCCUACAAGAAAAGCAUUUAAAGACAGACAUUAUAAGAAAUCUUCAGGAUAUAAUACAUUUGCUUGAAGGAAGUGAAUUUAUUUCUCCUCGAUCAUGGUUAACCCUGGUAAGAAGCCUAGUUCUACUGGAUGACUUAACAAAAGCUGAGAAAUUCAAGCAGUCUUCCUCUUCAAAGCAAGAAAAAUUAAAUAUUUUGACUCAGGCUCACAGAAUUCUUAUUGAACAGAUGCUAACUUUUGGAGAAACAAUUGAAUUUCCUUUAUCAAACACUGAAUAUGCAAAUCCAUUGCAGCCUUUGAAAAAUAUCUAUCUUCCUCAUGUCAUGUUAUUGGCCAAAAUAAAAAUGAGAAUUGGACAUUCACUGGCAAAGUUGGUGUAUUACAGCAGUAAAAAGAAGGACUUUUCAAAGUGGUUACCCGCUCUUCAGCUGUUUGAGAUGGCGUUGAAGCUCUGUAAGAUAACAGCUGUAGAGGAAUGUGAGGUGGAAGCAGAAAUCCUUUUUCAGAAAGGCAAAAUAGAGCGUCAAAUACUGAUGGAUGACAAAUCUCCAAGUACACGACUGGAGAGUUUUUUUGAAGCUAUACAGCUAAGCUUGAAAAAUGAUCAAAACUCAGGAUUGAUAAGAGAUUCCUACCUAGAAAUGGCCCUGUUCUAUUUUCAUCUGAAGAAGCCAAAGACAAAAAAUUCAGGAACACCAUUAACACUUAAGCCCUUUCCUCGACGGCAUAGUUCUGGUAAAGAAUCAACAGUAAAUAUAUCUGAGAUGUUCAGCUCGUUGGCUUGGAUUGCAAUAAGAGCAGCUGCACAGGUCAGUGAGGUUGUGCUGGCAAUUAACCUGCUUAUUGGAAAGAAGAGUACGAGAACUGAUGAAGUUAACCAAGCAGCCUUACCGAACAUUCCAGAAUUUGCCACUGUGGAUCUUUUGUCUUCAUACACAGAUUAUUUGCUUGAUAAUUACCAAGUUGCCUUCCAGACCGACUGUACCUUUUUGUGCCAAAAUGAUGACAUGUGUGACAACACAGAUACUAGACAGAAGACCAAAGUAGACAUCACAUGGGUCCUUCUACUACGCUACUACAUCCACCUGCAAAGAAUUAAUAACAUGAGCAAACUGCUAGCAUCCACAACGCCAGUAUCUGGGAUUUCUUUGCCAGAUGAUACACUUCUCACGUCCCUUUACAACUCUGAUCUGAUUUUACGCCAAAAAGAGAUGCAUUUUUUUCUUAAAAAAUUCUUACAACUCUAUUCUUCUUCUUGUAUUGAUGAAUUUCCAAAAGAACUUCUUCAAGGAUUGGAAAAUCUACCUCUUUCAGAAAAAGUCUUAAGUGACUCAGCAACCAAGGUAUGCCGUGACAAUUCCGUACAGUCCAUUUUAUCUUCAAGGCUCCUUGCUAGCCCAUCUUAUGUGGACAUGAUGUCAUCAGAACUGGCAAUACAAGCUUUAAACAAAGAGCUUUGCUUUCAAUGGUACAUUCCUCCCCUGGACAAACCUCUAAAGGAGGCCCUCCCAACAGAACCUAUGGUUAUAUUGUUGUAUGCGUAUAAUUUGAAACCCUUAAAGAUUUCAGACACCAAACAAUCCACUGGUGGCAACAUAUUUGUUGGCUCUCUCUGGCUUCCUCUAAACAGAGUCAUUUCAAUUCAUGAGAAACUAUCUAGUCUUGCACAGAUAGCUGAAAUAUCAUUGCCCUCAGUUCCUGAAAUUAAUUCAAGUGAAGACAUAUGUGAACCAGAAGAAAUGGAAGAGAAACCAGUUGACACAGACCUGGAAAGCAUGAUUAUUAAAUGUUGCUCUGAAAUAGAAGCUCUGUUUGUGACUGAUAAGGAACCAACACCACUCACCGAGGUCCCAUUUGAUGUCUCCUUGCCUUCUAUAUUUAGCCUCGAGAGACUUUUUGAUCUUGCUAAUGGUUGUAUUGUAUCGGGAGGAAGCCUCUUCAACUGGAUGGUGUCAGUUAUUUCCUGA